AUGGAGCCUCCGCCGGCGAAGAAGCGUCGUCAUCGCUUCCAGAAGGUCGAGGAGCGCGUGAGCAACUUGCAGCAUGAACUCACACUUCAUGCCAAGACGACAGGCGCCGUGGACGAGUCGUCGCAGCUCUCGUUCAAGGAGGAACUGGGUCUGCAAGCGGAGCUCACAACACUCGACAGUUUCCAGCUCCUGUUCCGCGCUCUGCAGCCGCUAGUGACCACCACUCCGCAGCUGCUGCACCACCUCAAGAAGGUGGUCAAGAGACUUCAAAAAGAGCUGAAAGAGGCGCGCGAUGACGCUCAGGACCCCGUCGUACAGCGUCAGCGCCUUGUGCCCGUGCUCAAGCUCGUCACGGCGUUGGCGAGAGAGCUCGGCAAGGAGUUUUAUCCUCAUUUUGCGGGCACCUUGCCUUUGGUAGUAGCAGUAAUUGACACAAAGGACCCGGAGCUGAGCACUCAAGUGUUUAAAACACUCACAAUGCUGUUUAGCUACCUCCGAGUGCAGCUAUUGGCCGACAUGGAGGCUGUGCACAAGUGCUACUUCCCGUUACUGGGUCAUCCGAGAGAAUUUGUCCGCAACUUUGCAGCUCAGACGCUGGCUGUGCUACUGAGACGCCUCGAGUCGCCCAAGGCCAUGAGGAAAUACCUGCGCGCCUACUUGACAGCGCUGGUGAAGGGAUCUGGGCGCAGUAAUGAGAUCCUGAGAGACGGAUCGGCCAAGCUGUUCUUCGCUCUGGUGAAGAACGUGAACCAUGGCUUCCACUCGCGGAUGCGAGAGGUGCUGCUGUUUCUACUGGGCUCGUUCCGCCCGAAAGAGGGAGAGAAAGAGACGCAGGAAUGUCUGGAACAGCAGGAGACAGUGUUUGAGAUCGUGCACCAGACUUGCGGACUCAUGAUGAAGCACACGGAUGCGGAUCAUGCAGGCGAGAUGCUCGAGUGUUUGGUGCUGGUGGUCAACAAGGUGGCGAAUAUUCGGCAUGACAAGGAGGACGCUCCCACAGAGGUGGACGAUGUGUAUUUGAGUCGUGUGCUGCGAAUGCUGCUUGGGUGUUUGAUUUCGAGAACGGGACAGCUGAUCACAGGAGCGAGUGAUGCCUAUGAGGUGCGUGUGCCGAGUGUACACAAGGUCUGCGCAGCGCUCGUGUCGCCUGAAAACAAGGUGCUCGUCUCUCAGAGCCCCGAGCUGUGCGAUACGUUCAUGCAGACGUUUGAGGCGGUUUGGCGACUAUUCCCUGCUGACGACGAGGUCACUUCUGCCCAGAUGAAGGCCAUUUUUGCUGCAGCUGCGGAUGGAGACAAUCAGGAGUACUGGCGUCGCAAGAUUGUGGGGUUUGUGACCCAGGAACUGCACAACGCUCACGUUGACGUGGGUUUUGUGAUCGAAUUCUUGCUGCCCAACGCUAUCGAGUUCGCGUUGAGGACUCUGGUGAAGACAGAUGUGGCUGCGUUUAGCUCUCUGCUGUGCCAACUGGGUGACUACGUUACAGACAAUGCCGGAGAGAUUAAUGAGAACCAGAGCGCGUUUAUUGUUCGCUCCAAGACCAACAAUCCGUACUGGCUGCUUCUGGCUGUGUGCUGGAAGUUCUGCAAGGUGCUGCAGCUUCUGCGCUUGAAUGAGGCUAAACUGAGCAGCUUUACGAUGCCUUUGAUCACGAAGUGCGACGUGCGAUUGAAGGACGAAUCUUCUGCGCUAUCCACUCAAGUUGCGGCUCUGCGUGCGGAGUUGUGGCAGCUACAGCAGAUUGCCAAGCACCAGAAGAGCAAGGAUUCGACGAUCACAACGAAGUUUGUGGAGCAGGCACUGGUGGGAAAAGAGGCUUCGUUCAAGACGCUGUCGACGCUGUUGAUGCUGAUCGAUAUGCAACCCGAAGAGACACAACAGGCAGUGCUGACAGUCGACGCGUUACCCCAUGUAGCAAACGCUCUUCUUGCAACGCUGCGAUCACCUGCGCAUGAGCUACGACUGGUGACGCUGCAGUUACUAGCUCGGUUCCAGCGCUUGAGCUUCCUUGAUUCCGACAACGGAUCGCUUAGUGGGCCGUGUGAUCUGCCGGACAUUUGCGUGAACCUCGAGCUCUCCUGCAAGAACAUCUCUGUGGCCACUGAACGUGAAGUGGUGCGUCUUGUGACACGAGUCAAGAUCUUGUGUCGCUCGCCACAGACUCCUGAACUGUACAAGAAAAUCGCUGUGAACCAGUUGCUCGGUCUGUACCACGUCAAGUUCUCCACGAUCUGGCCGCACAUCGCCGACGCAGUGGAGACUGCCGUUCGCCUGCAGUUCAACGAGCUCUGGCCUUGCAUCAGUGCUGAGCUAUUGGUGGCUUCUCUCCGACACGAAGACGCUAAUGGAAAGCAGGAAAGCGACUCGACAGGUACGAGCGACGUCGUCGUGGAGUUUGAGCGUGUGUGUAUGCUGGAGCAGGGGAGGGUGCCCACCUCAAGCGCUACAGACGCAGCUACUCACCAUUCGCUGCUGUGGAAGGGCCUCAUGAAGUUCACCGACCUGGUCGAAGCUAAGACGAAGUUCAUGGUGCCGCUCUUCCUUACGUUCCUGCGCGACCAGUAUAGCGCCAUUUACACGGACGAGCUGGACGCCAAGCGUCUUGAGGAUAUCGACCAGGCACUUGCGAAGCUUGAAGAAACAAGCAGCAAUACUGACUCGGAAUCUCCUGAUUGGCGCAAACCUGUCGAGUUCCAAGGGCUGACGACGAAGGAAGUGCGUGGCAAGUUCGUGGAUCAGCUGAAGCUUUUCGCCGCUUUCCACAACAUGAAGGGUGCCUAUGCGCAGCAGGUGCUGCAUGCGCUCUUCUUCGAUCUGCUGAUGAAGUCGGACGAAGUGGUCUCGAAGCUGGCGCUGCAGUGUCUAUAUGCCUUCGGUAGCAAGGCUGUUGUUUCGUACAAGGCGCAGCUGAACCGACUGACGGACUCGACUACUUUCCGUGAAGAGCUCGCGAGCUUUAAGGUUGGAGAUGGCGAGAGCGUCGUCCUGCGUGAGCACCGUCCGGAGCUGCUGCCUGUGCUGCUGCGAGUGCUGUACUCCAAGUGUGUCAGCAAGAAAGGGCGUAACAAUGGAGACACUGUGGCCGCUCGACGUGCUGCGAUUCUAGCGUACUUGGCUGCAUUGGAGGCGCCUGAGCUUGCCAGCUUCGUGGAAUUGGUGGUGCGCGCAUUUGAUGUGACGAUUGAAGCUCCCGAGACUCGCUCUACUGGCGCUCCUGAUGCUGCUGAUGAGGUGAAACCUGUUGCUGCCGUGUCCACCGUGCAGCCUUCACGUAUCUUGGGCUUCUUGAACCUUUUGGAGGACCUUAUCAACCAACUCGGAGUCAAGCUGGCUGCUUUCGCUCCUCGAAUUGCUGAUGUCCUGCUGGCAAUUCUCCAGAUCAAUGCGGUGGUCGCGGUUGGCUCCAAGCGCAAGGCUAAUGGUGACUCGUCAACUGUGGACACGCUGGCGACUUCUGCGUCGAUGAAGAAGCAGAUUCGCAUGCUGACCUACCGCCGCCUUGCGGAGAUGAUUGACACGUUUGACACUCUCGUGCACCUUCAACCGUGGAUAGUUGCCGUCUUGGAAACUUCUCGCGAUGCGAUCACACACUUGCCCAAUGCGGUUGUCGGCGCAGGCAAGGCGUCAGCUCUGCUGGAGAUGCUUGUGGCCAUGGGUCGUGCUGACCGAGCGCGUCAGUGGAUCCCGGGGCCUCUGGUGCUUAACGUUAUCUCCUGUUUGUCUGCGGGGCUCACGUCGUCAAGCGCAACGUCUUCAUCCACUCGUGGCAUCUCACCUGAAAUCCUGGAUUCCAUUUUGCAGUUCAUGGACUCACUGCUGGACGGAGAUGAGCGUCUGUGGACUGAAGACGAGUCUAUGACAGUCUCGAAGAAGGAGAAGGCGCUGCUGAUCCCUCAAAUCCCUUUCGUCUUGGAGCAGUUUGUCCAGCGUUUCCAGGCUAAGGCUGCACGCUACGCGAGCGACCGAUAUGCUGGGUCCUCACGGAAAGAGCUUACGUUCCUUUGCCGCCUGUCGCACCAUCUGGAAGCGUCCGAGGGAGACAUCGCUAUUGCUGCGCACGAUUUGUUCCAGUUGCUGUUGCCGUUCCUGCUGCGCAACCAUCAGACUUCACCGAAGGACAAGGAGAACUUGCUGGAGGUGUUGGCUCACAUGGUGCCCAAGCUGUCCGAGCCUAAGAAACACGUGCUUGCGCUUGCACGGCUGUUGGCCCCCGGCAUCAACUGCAUUGCUGAUCGCGAUCCUCGUCUCAAACUUGUGGCGGUGUUUAAGGCGCUAGGUGCCCAUGCUGCGCUUACAGAGCUGACCCCUGUGGCGGACUUGCUGGUUGAACUCAACGCGUAUGAUGCCAAGCGUAUCGAGGAGACGGACUACGAACGUCGUCUCAUUGCGUUGAAUCGGCUCAACUCGACACGCUUUGCUGGCUUUACGACCGAGACGCACUUGCUAGCGCCUCUUGUGGCGCAGUGUCUGCAGUCUAUGCACGACACGGAGUUUGCCGUGCGAAGUGGAGCACUUGCUGGUCUUACGACGUUCCUGGAACUCGCCGCAGAGGCGGCAGUGGAGCAGAAGGCGCGUGAGGAUGCUGCCAAGUCUCCCGUGCUCAAUGCGCUGGAGUCACUAGUCAUGCCUUGUGUGCGCGCGAGUCUGCGCUCUACCGACGAGAACACUCGACGCGGCUUCGUGAUGUUGCUGGGGUCGCUAGCAGACCGACACGAGGCGUUCAAACAGCUCGCGUUCGUUCCGGCAGACUUGAUAUUGGCGCGCAACCAGGAAGACCCGGAAGCCGAUUUCUUCUACAACAUUACGCACAUCCAGGCUCACCGCAGACGUCGUGCGCUUCAGCGUCUUAGCGCGCUCAUGGACUCGAUGGCUGCCAAGACAAAGGAAGACGAAGAGAGUGAGGAACCUCAGUGCUUUUCGAACUCGACGGUGAAUGGCGUCAUCUUGCCACUAGUGCUGCACUUCGUCUACGAGACGCACGCGAAGAGUCAGGAGUCUCUGCGUGCGGAAGCCGCUGCGUGUGUUGGCAGUGCUGCUGGUCUUCUGGGUUGGUCGCACUACCUCUCGCUUCUACGCAGACUACUCAAGUCGAUCGACGGUCACGUAGAGAUGGAAGGCGCAAUCAUUAUGUCCAUUUGCGCUGUAGUCGACCACUUCCACUUCGAGGCUCCAGGUGCUGCCACGCAAUGGCAAAAGUCGUCGGAUAGCAAGAAGCAAAGGGAUAACAAACCAGUCGAAGCUGAGGAGGAUGAAGAAGAGAAAGAAGGUUCGUCCAAGGUGCAGGGCAACAUGGAGACGCAAGUGCUUCCGCUGCUCUAUUCGUACUUGUUCAAGAGUGCGGCUUCCAAGAAGAGUUCCAAAAAGUCGCGGGACGACGAUGGAGAGUCCACGUCACUGUCCGAAGAAGCGGUAUCGGUGCGUGUUCCCCUGGCGCUUGCAGUUGUCAAGGUCCUGCGUCGACUGCGUGCUGAGACGUUCCAGCGUGAGCUGCCAAAGCUGCUGCUGAAGUUCGCCAACUUGCUCAAGAGUAAGGACGAAGCUGUGCGUGUGUCGGCGCGUACGACGCUCGUUCGCAUCGCUGUGGAGCUUGGCUCGAGUUUCCUAUUGCCGAUUGUGGAGGAGCUUCGUCACACGCUGCGUGAUGGCUACAUGGUCCACGUGCUGUCCUUCACUGUCCAUGCGCUGUUGGAAAAGCUACCGGAGAUCAUGCAGACAGAUGGAAAGACUGGCCCUCCUCGCAAGCCGCAGUCGCUGCUCACACAAAGCAAGGAGCAAGAGGCUGAGCGUGAGGCGGAGUUUACGUCGCCGUUGGAUGCGUGUGUGCCCAGUUUGAUGGAAAUUCUGGCCGCUGAAUUGUUCCAGGGCAUGACGACGAUCGGCGAGGCAGCAGAGGCUGCUGCUGGUGGCGUGGAGCGUAAAACUGCCCAAAAGUCCAAGAUGAAAGAGGCACGUUCGAGUGGUGGCCGCAGUCUGGACUCAAUUGAGCUGUUGGCCCGAUCUCUCCCCUUCCUGCCCAACCCGAGCAUCCAUGAAGUCGUGAGUGCACUUGUGAAGCGCUUCCAGGCUACCGAUGCUGGAGCGCAAGCCACCGCUGCAUUGCAAGAGGCCCUCAAGCGCGUGGCGAUCGGACUCGCGAGGAACCCGUCGGUGGAGUCGUCCUACAUGUUCCUGUACGCCUACAACGUUCUCAACUCGAGUCUCGAGAGUCUUCGACCAACCACUGAAAGGGAGAAGAAGCAGUACGAAGCUGGCGGCAGCAGCACCGCUGUGGUGACCUCCUGGCUCGUGUCGGAGAAGAGCGCAGCUGCCACUAAGCUUCUCGCCAAGCGCGUGAGUUCCCGGGACACUGCACGCGUGGCCAUGCAGCAGCAAGUUACGGGUUUUGACAAGAUGCGUCAACAGCAGCAAGGCAAGACCAAGAAGCAGAAGCGAGAGGAGAUUGCAGCUCUCUUGGCUGAGAGCACGGCGCAUCUUCGAGAGCUGCUGAACUUUGCUGUCUUCUUGGUCUUCUCUUUCCUUCGCAAGAACGGCAAUGCCAAGGACCAGGAAGACGAAGCCAAGAAGAACAUCAGCGCUCCCGCCCAACUAGUGGAUCCACUGGUGCCGCUGCUGAUGCGCUGUGCCGGUGAAUCCAAGAACGACCGUGCAGUGAUUAACGCGUUGAAGUGUCUAGGCUCGCUGCUUCCCCGUCAGGACGAACUUCCUGCCCUGCGCGUGGCGCGUACACCGCUUCUUGAUCGUCUUUUCAAGAUCCUGCAACAGGCUGGAGCUGCUACACGCAACGAGAUGGUGCAGACGUGUUACCGCACGCUUACUGCGCUGCUCAGACAACAACAGGGAUUGGAACUUACGCAGGAGAAGGGGUCAGCAGACAAGAACCUUAAGAGCGAGAACCUCCGACUCACAGAGCCGCAGCUGCGUGUGCUGCUGAGCUUCUUGCGUGCUGAUCUGGAUGAGCGAGACCAUCAGAACGCCACGUUCGCUCUGCUCAAGGCUGUUGUGAACUCGCGUCUCGUGAUCAGCGAAGUGUACGACGUGAUGCUGCGUGUUGGCGAGCUGUUGGUGCAGAGCGACGCCCCCGGCGCACGUCUGAACUGCGCGACCAUCUACCAGACCUUCCUGCUCGAGUAUCCACUUGGCAACAAGCGUCUGUCUCGUCACCUCAAGUUCUUGGUUGACAACUUGAGCUACGGCCACGCUACGGGACGCUCUGCCGUGCUGGAGGCUCUGCGUUCGCUGCUGUCCAAACUCCCGCAAGACCUCGUGAACGCUCGUUCGCAGUUUUUCUUCUUGCCGCUGGUGCUGCGUCUGGCCAACGAUGAGGCCGUCGAGUGCCGCGAUCUCGCUCGUGCGGCGUUGAGUACUUUGGUGCGUCGUCUGGGCAACAAGGAAUUGAACGAGAGUAUUCUACUGGUGGGGACGUGGUGGACACAGGCCUCGAACUCGGAUACCGUGGACGCAGUCAAGCUACUGGGAACCGCAGCACAAGUGACGACGCUAGUGUUGGAGACCAGACCCGAGUUUUUCGAGCGUAGUGCGCCCCAGGUGUUACUUGCAGCCCGUUCAGCACUCGAGCGUCGCCAGCGUGAGCUUCAGACCGUGGAGGACAGCAACCAGGUGCGAUGGCAGCCGACGUAUCACGUCUGUGUGGCCCUCACCGCCUUCAGUGAUCAUCUCACGGGUCCUUAUGAGUUGUGGCUGGAGGAAUCCAAGCCGACCACGAACUUUGUGGACGUCGUAGUGCUUAAGCUGCUUCAGUACCCUCACGCAUGGGUGCGUCUCGGUGCCACUCGGUUGCUGACGUCGUAUCUGCGUCGUCGUCAAGCCAGCACCCUCACUUAUACAGCUCCAGUGAAGCGCUUGUCUGGAGAAGCUCUCGAGCGUCUACGCAAUGGAGCGCUGUACUUGCAGCGUCCAGGCCGUCUGUUCUCUUGGGCUAGCGCGUUCAGCAAGCUACUCGAAGCCCCGGCGCUGAAGGACGACUUGGCUAACGAAGUGCUCACUGCGUUGCCGUUCUUGUGUGAGGCACUGGAGACUACGGAUGUUCCACAAGAUGUCGGUGCUGCUGAUGCUGUGGUGGACGACGUGGAUGCUGCAGACGAGAAGACAGAGGAAGACGUUGAUGGAGACGAGGAGAGUGAGCCGAAGGAAGAAGAAGAAGAACUGCAACGCCGCGAGGAGCAGGAAAAGAACGACGAGCGUGUCAAGGCGCGCACGCCUCUGGGCUGGCUGCUCACUCGUCUGUCGUAUGUGGCCCGUGGCUCAAACUGCAGCAACGAGGUGCAGUCUGUGGUGUUAAAGCUAUUCGCUGCUCUGCUACACAAUCACGACGCCGCGUUCGCUGAGAAGUACGUCGUGCAGAUCAUCAACCCGCUGUAUCGCGCGACCAGCAAGCUGGAAGAGCUGCAGGCUCAACAAGAGCAAAUGGCGUUGCAGAGACAGCAGAACCGUAACAGGAACCGCAAAAGCGGCUCUACUCCGGAGCCUGUGACGCCGCCUGAGAGUGUGUUACUGGCUCAGGAAGUGCUGCAGCUUCUGGAGCAGAAACUGGGAGUCACAUCGUUCUUGGAGGCCUAUUCGUUCGUUCAGAGGAAGAUGGCUGCACGCCGUGCCGCACGCAAGUUACAGCGUCGCACUGAAGCCGUGUCGGACCCGCAGCGUGCUGCUCAGCGACGGAUGCAGAAGAACGAGCAGAAGCGUCGUACCAAGCAGCUGCGCAAGCGCAAACACGCUGUGCUCAAGGGCUCGACGUCUGCAGCUGUCCGCCCCACCAAGGUGCUUCGUCCUGGCGCCGAGUAG